AUGGCAAUGUCUAUGGUUCAUCUACAACCUCAGCCAGCACCACAACCAGUCUAUCCUUUCCCACCUGCUUUAAACAGUCCGCCAUUGAAUACUCAACCGAAACCUUCAAAAUGGACGUCGUGUACGAAUCUGAACCAAUCAAUGACAAACUUAGUAUCGCAUACAGUCGACAAAACCAACGCCACGAUUCUUGAUCUCGAAAUGUUGGUCCGCCAGAGCUUGGGUGGUGGUGCAAAUGUCAACGAGGCUACAUCACGAUUAUUAGAUCAAGUCAUCACCUCGAUCGACCUAGGGUCGUUUUGUGGGAGAGAAAAUGAACUGAUUUCUGCGUGUAAGAUUCCUUCCCAGUCAGACGAGAAGAAAAAUCGCCGAACACAGCGAAAAGAGAAAAAGUCAACAGGGUCUGUGGAUUACUUCUCCAAGGUGUACCUGUAUGCCAAUUCGCGAUUACCUCCUCAUUUAACACCACUAAAAUUCUAUCCUCCCACAUAUCCCCUCCUCCAACUCGCAGCCAAAUACUCGCGCCGUGUCUACGAAAAGCCCUCAGGACGUGAACGACAUUCAUACGUGAGUUCAGAUUGGCUACAGGGCACCAAAGCCAUGGUGGUCAAGUCGCUACCAAUCGACGACAUGAACACGAUUGUCUUCGCCAUACGUGGUACACAGAGCUUCCUGGACUGGGCCGUGAACGUUCACACAGCACCAACUUCUCCCGUUGGUUUCUUGGAUGACCCAUCCAACUGCUGUCAUUCCGGAUUCCUAUCCGUGGCCCGAAAAAUGGUUGCCCCCGUUGCAGCCAGACUACGUAGUCUUCUCGAAGAAGAUCCCUCUCGCAUGUCAUAUUCGCUAGUCUUUACCGGCCACUCCGCAGGCGGAGCCGUCGCAAGCUUGCUAUAUCUACACCUCCUAUCCGAAUCACCAGCUGUCCGGUCCGAGCUUACUCAUCUCCGCGGCUGCUUUAAGCACAUCCACUGUGUCACAUUUGGUGCUCCGCCCAUAUCUCUUCGUCCACUGCAACUCUCUCCUACUGCUCGACGAUCAAAAUCCAUAUUCUUCGCUUUUAUCAACGAAGGAGAUCCGGUCUCGCGUGCUGACAAGGGCUACUUUCUCUCGUUGCUAGAUCUGUAUGUUUCACCUGCGCCGGGGUCACUACUAGCCUUGUAUGAUAGAAAGAAGAAAUCUGCUCCUAUCUAUUGGAGAACCCCCUCAUCCGAUUUAUCACUCGCUGGUCGACUUGUUCUUCUUCGUCCGCGAGACCAGUGGAGUGGCCGUCCUAUUAUUCUAGCACCACCAAUCCCCGGUGGAGCUCCUGCCCUGCCGCCACGGGAGAACGUGGAUGCAUAUGGGAUUACGGAUCGCGAGCUCCGAGGGGUGGUCUUUGGUGACCCCGUCAUGCAUUUUAUGGACUUGUAUUCUCAUCGCAUUGAUGCCUUGGCCAGAGGUGCCGCGAGCAAGGGAUCAUGA